AGAACCUCUAAUGUUAUGCACACGAUGAACUACGCAACUUCGGCGCCUGCUGCCACUGCCGGUGGCCAGCAGAACGGACCUCCUGUAUGCCAGAACUGCGGUACCAGCACCACUCCGCUAUGGCGUCGCGACGAGAUGGGCUCGGUCCUGUGCAAUGCUUGCGGUCUUUUCCUCAAGCUGCAUGGCCGUCCUCGUCCCAUCAGUCUCAAGACGGACGUUAUCAAGAGCCGCAACCGCGUCAAGACUGCUACCGGCCCCAAGAAGAAGCCUUCGCUUGAGUCGCCCAACUUCCACCAUGUCAGCACUCCCGUGGGCUCGUACCCUCCCCAGCGUCGUCACUCAGACCGCAUGUCCUCUGGCGAGCACCAACGCUCACCCUCGCCCUCAUCUCGCAACAACACUCCUGGCAUGCACUCGCACAACCCCAACAUUGCUCCCCAACACGUCUUCGACAACGUCUCUCUGUCCGAGUCAUCCUUCCAGCCCGCUGGCCUGCCCACUUUCGCUCUCCGCCAGCCUUCCCCCGCACCCUCAGUCAACGGCAUGCACCCCGAACACGGCCACCAGUACCCAGAGAACACUGCUUCGCUCAAGACUCGCGUGAGUGAGCUCGAAGUCAUCAACGACCUCUUCCGCGGCAGAGUCGCCGAGCUCGAACAGAGCGAGCAAGACGCCCGUGCCAAAGAGUCUUCUGCCCGUGAUGUCGCAGACCAAUACAAAGCCGACCUCGACUCUGCUCUGGUUCGCGAAGCCGCUCUCAAGAAGAGAGUCGAGCUCCUCGAGGCCGAGGUCGAGUCCUACAAGUCACAAGCUGCCCCUGCUCCUAAACGUCUCCGUCUGAGUGAUGUUGUCCGCGAUGACAGCUCC